GAUUUGAAACCUGUGAAACCUGAUCCCUACAAGAUAUACGAGUUUCUUCAACUCACUCUCGAAGAAGCGUUUUUCCUAAGCUUUGGUCUUGGUUGUCUCUCGAUCGCUCAUGCUGAACAGGUCAGUCUUCACACAGGGUUCGUAGCGGUCUUUGAAAUCCUUGAAAGUCUUUAAAUUUCAAUGCAGGUCUUUAAGGUCUUUGAAAAGUCUUUGAAUUGUGUGAAAAAGCGAAGAAAGUCUUUAAAAGUCUUUAAAUUCUUUAGUGAGCAUUUGAUUAUACGAUUUCCUAGCUAAUAAAUCAGGCCUUAAAAUAUCGGUCGGUCACGGACAUUGUCCGACCCAUUCGUGAAAUUGUCCGACGUAGAAAGGAAACCACCGGACAUUCUGUCCGACCUAGGUGAAACUGAGGUUUAUUGUUUGUCCGACCUGAGUGUAUUGGUGUCCGACCGAACUGUAGCUUUGUCCGACGUAAAUCAAAAUGUACCCUAGCCCAGGACUAGAGGCUUGUAUGUUAAAUGGAAAAUCAGAGAACUAUUGUAUAAAAGGUGAACUGGAAAUGUUGUUUUAACGUAGUCGAGCGCGGGGCGGCGAGUGAAAUGGUGAAGUGGAAAACGGGCUUAAGUUGCCGAAGUCUUUUUUAAUACUGCUGUUUUGGAAAGCAAGUUAAUUUUGGCUUGGAAAUAAGUAUAUAAGGAACAAGUUAUUUAAUAUCUUUACAACAUUUACCGUUAAUUCAUUUGUGUCAUUCAGACUUAUUUCCGAGUUAAAACUGAACUGAAGGUCGUCGGACAUAUGUCCGACCCAAAUUCAAUGUCACCGGACAUUUUGUCAGACGGCCCUGUAAAAGAUAUUUUAAGGCCUGAUUAAUAAAAUAGAUUGAUUGAAGCAAGAUUUUCGCAAAUAUGGACGAAAAGGCGCAUUUUAGGUUGUGAUUUGACAGGACUAAUUAUUGGGUAAAAAUGUUGCUUUUACUCUUGCAAUUUUUCAACAGCUGAUUGCUCUCAAAGGGCUUUGAAAAGUCUUUGAAAGUAGGCAGCAAAAAUCUUUGAAAGUCUUUGAAUUUUUUUGGUCUUGGAGAUUACGAACCCUGUCACAUCUCACGGGCGUUUAUUUUAUGAAAAGCGGGGGACAGGACAAUGAUCGAAAUCCCGCGGCAUGAAAUAAUAUUCCAGACCUUUCGUAUUAGGUACCGUUCACAAGUGUGUUCUUUUUAGAAGCUCUCGCUGUCAUCUAUGUGGUCAGAAUUUUGCCGAAGAAAUGUGGAUUUUGUGAGAAACUAUGUGGCCUAUCAUUACUACCGCAGUAAAGGCUGGGUGCCUCAAGUUGGUCUCAAAUAUGGAACUGAUUUAGGUAAUAUACUUACUUUUUAAGUGUUUGAAGACUUAUUAUAAUGACAGGUCUUGACGUAGAAAUAUUAGUGGAAUUUGGAUCGAAUCAUGAAGUACUGUAGAUCAGUAUUUCUGACUGGAUGGCAAUUUUCCGAAUGAAUUUCGGAAAAUACUUAUAUAUAUAUAUAUAUAUAUAUAUAUAUAUAUAUAUAUAUAUAUAUAUAUAUAUAUAUAUAUAUAUAUAUAUAUAUAUAUGUACAAGUUCUAACAUUUGAAAUGAAGCUAUUCUUUUUAAUUGUAUUUUGCUGUUUUAAACUUUUACUUUUAGUUCUUUACAAGAAGGGAAUGCCGUUUUUCCACUCCAGGUAAUUUUUAAGCUAAAUCUCACUUUUCCAUCCUUGAAAUUUUAUUGCGAAUAUGGUUAAAUAGAUAUCAAAAUUUUGUUUAGCUACGCUGUCGUGACAACGAUG